GCCUCAUUCAAACACGCACAAACAACUCUCGCUGUACCCCCAUCCCGCCGCUGUGCCAAGAUGUCGCAGAGUUCUUCGUCGGCUAGUCGGAGCCGGCCACCUCCUCCCCCGCUGCCAUUGAUCAUGUGCCCAAGCUGCCCAGGGACGAGGACCAGGUGGUAUGUGUCCGGGACAGAUCGCAACCCGGGCAUCCGGUUCUACAAGUGCCCAAACCAGGCAUACGGAGGCCCUUGCCGUUUUUGGCUGUGGGAGGACCAAUACGCGUACUACAUCAUCGGUGUUGGCAUCAACCUUCUCAUCGAGGCCGCCGGUGGUGGAAGCAACGUCAUGUUUGAAAUGGGUCGCGCCAUCGACGAAAUACGCACCGCAGCUAGGAACACCAUGACGAUAUGCAUGCUAAUGCUUUUCGUCCUGCUUGCCAAGGCGGCCGGCUGGCAGUAAAAACCCGUGUGGCGUACCACCAGCAACGAAGCCGGAACAACUGCUUGCCAACGAAGCCGUGACAGUAUUGUUUAUUAUUUGUAGCACGUAUGUAUCCAGAGUGCAGUGCUAUGUACGGACCGUCCCUACGUACGUCAAAAAAGGUACCGUGGCGAGCCCACCAGGUGCGACUUAUGGCGCUGUAUUCGGAUGUAUCGAGCUAUGUAUUCACGCUUUAUUGGCUUUGACGCUUUCUUCGCACA